UGGGAGAGAAGAUACCAUCUUUUAGUUCUGCAACCUGGUGUAGGACAAGUAAUCGUAAAGGGAUUGGAUUAAGACACAAGGCUACCAACCAUCCACCUAAAUGACUCACUGACAUGCAACUGAGCCAGUGAUCAAGCUGUGAAGGGGCCUUGAUCCCACACUGGGACUCCAGGUCUGCCCUUCUACUCUAACCCUGCAGCUGGAGGUGCCGUCAGGAACAUGAGCGUGGGAAGAAUCAACCGCUACAGCAUUGUGUCAUCUGAAGAAGAGGGUCUGCGCCUCACUACCAUGCAUGGUAUGAAUGGAUUUGGCAAUGGCAAGAUCCACACACGCCGCAAGUGCCGCAACCGCUUUGUGAAAAAGAAUGGCCAGUGUAAUGUGCAGUUUGCCAAUAUGGACGACAAGUCGCAGCGCUACAUGGCCGACAUCUUCACAACGUGUGUUGAUAUCCGCUGGCGAUGGAUGCUCAUAGUCUUUACUCUUGUGUUUGUUGUGUCUUGGCUGGCCUUUGGCUUAGCUUUUUGGGUUAUAGCUUUGCUGCAUGGAGAUCUGGACAACCCAGCUGGAGAUGACAACUUCACUCCAUGCGUUCUACAGGUCAAUGGAUUUGUGGCUGCCUUUCUAUUCUCCAUUGAAACACAGUCUACCAUAGGUUAUGGCUACCGCUGUGUGACUGAAGAGUGCCCAGUAGCUGUCUUUAUGGUGGUCUUUCAGUCUAUAGUUGGCUGCAUCAUUGACUGCUUCAUGAUUGGCGCCAUCAUGGCCAAGAUGGCAAGGCCUAAGAAGCGAGCACAAACGCUCUUGUUUAGCCACAAUGCCGUCAUUGCCAUGCGGGAUGGAAAGCUGUGUCUAAUGUGGAGGGUAGGGAAUCUGCGCAAGAGCCACAUUGUUGAGGCCCACGUCAGAGCACAGCUCAUCAAACCUCGGAUAACUGACGAGGGGGAAUACAUCCCUCUAGACCAGAUAGACAUUAAUGUGGGCUUUGACAAAGGCCUGGAUAGGAUUUUCUUGGUUUCACCUAUCACUAUUCUACAUGAGAUAGAUGAGGAGAGCCCUCUUUUUGGGAUCAGCAAACAGGACUUGGAGACCGCAGACUUUGAGAUUGUUGUCAUCUUGGAGGGAAUGGUUGAAGCAACCGCCAUGACCACCCAGGCUCGCAGCUCCUACUUGGCCUCAGAGAUCCUUUGGGGACACCGGUUUGAGCCUGUGUUGUUUGAGGAGAAGAACCUGUACAAGGUGGAUUACUCUCACUUUCACAAAACUUAUGAGGUGCCGUCCACCCCCCGCUGCAGUGCCAAGGACAUGGUGGAAAACAAGUACCUAGUCCCCAGCUCUAAUUCUUUCUGCUAUGAAAACGAGCUGGCCUUCCUUAAUCGCGAUGAUGAGGAAGAGGAUGUAGGUGGUGGAAGCAGAGCACUGGCGAACCUCAGUCCAGAUCGAAAUAGCCGACCUGAAUUUGAACGCAUACAGACCACCAGGGUCCUGGAUCAAAGGUCAUAUCGUAGAGAAUCGGAAAUAUGACCUCUACACUUUGACCUGAGGG